AUGUUGUUGUCGUCCUCUCUUUACGUUUUCUUUCCUCUAACAUCGGCCUUUGGUAUUGUGUGGGCUUUUACGAUCUUCGAGCGUGUUGAUGUUGAACUCGGACUGGAAUAUUAUGCAGAGAAGGGAGAUCCUUCUACGUUCCUUAAAAUGCCGGCUAAUGCCUCAGUGAACUUGGGCUAUUUACUGGUUGGAUUAUACUGGCUGUGGAAGAUACGUAAAUUAGAAAAGAAGUUGAAAGAUCAAGCAGUCUUCUACUACUUGUUCUCGUGGAUGUCAGUGUUUUAUGCCUUAGUUCAAUUUGGACGGAUUGUGACACAAACGCGUUUGUUCGCUGUGAUUGAUCAAUGGUUUACGCUUCCUUUCUUUGCAUGGCUUGUUUGCUGGAACGAGUUUGUGUAUCGAGGACAAUGGAAUACUGGUCGUUAUCUAUUUAUUAUGCGAAUUUCUGUCUUAAGUUACUUUGCCGUGUUAUUUCACAAUCAAGGCUUUGAAGCAGUUCUCAGUCUUCAUAUCCUUGUUGCCCUGGUUUAUUCUCUGAGGACACAGUUAAAACCCGGUCUAGGGACUGAAACAUCGCUAAUGUCAAUGAUCCUUGCGCUCAUCUGCUGCACUGGGUUUGUCUGUUUAAAACUUGCGGAUCACCAAUUAGCGCAGUACUCUUUAUUCCAAAGUUUCACUGGUCAUUUUUGGUCUAAGGUUUGUGAUGUUGGACAAAUCCACUUUGUGGCUGACUUUUUUAAAAAUUUGCACAUGCGACCCGAGAAUGAUAAAAGAGUCUCUUAA